GCCCCCUCUUGUUUAGUAAACUACUAGGGGUUUAGCAUUUGCUGAAUCUCAAUAUCCAACUCCUAAAUUACGUUACAUUUAUUCCAAAUUCAACAAUGUACAUAACAUAGGAUCAUUUAAUUUGGCAGACACAACCCUUGAAAUAGUCGAUUAUUCAAAACUCGAAACACUAUAAAUGCAGGCCUCUGCAAAUAAUUCCAGAUUUGGUUUCCCCUCUCUUUCUCCAAACUAAUUCAAUUUGAAACAAACCUAGAGAGAGAGAUGGAGGUGACCUGGAGCUGGAUAAGCCCCUACUUCCCUCACAUAAUCUCCAUUGUCGCUCUCCUCCUCCUCCUCGAGCAACUCUCCUACCUCAGAAAGAAGCGCUUCCUCCCCGGCCCGCCUCUCGUCCUCCCCUUCGUCGGCAACGCCAUCUCCCUCGUCGCCGAUCCCACCAAAUUCUGGAACCGCCAAUCCGCCUACGCUAAAUCCACCUCGCUCGGGAUCUCCGGCAACUACAUCAUCGGCCGCUACAUCCUCUACGUCUACAGCUCUGACCUCUCGCACAAGAUCUUCGCCAAUGUCCGCCCCGACGCCUUCCACCUCGUCGGCCACCCCUUCGGGAAAAAGCUCUUCGGCGAGCACAACCUCAUUUACAUGUUCGGCCAGGAUCACAAGGAUCUCCGCCGCCAAAUCGCCCCCAAUUUCACCCCCAAGGCGCUGCUGAUUUACACCGAUAUUCAGCAUCGGAUUAUUCUCCAACACCUCGCGCGCUGGUUACGCAGCUCGCCGGCGGAAUCGCUGUCGCUCCGGAUUUUAUGCCGCGACAUGAAUCUGGAGACGUCGCAGACGGUUUUCGUAGGACCGUAUCUCGACGAGGCGGCGCGGCGGCGGUUUAAUGUGGAUUAUAACUUUUUCAACGUUGGAUUGAUGAAGCUCCCGAUCGAUCUCCCAGGAUUCGCCUUCCGCAACGCGCGGCUGGCGGUUGGGAGGUUAAUCGAAACGCUCGCCGACUGCGCCGCGGCGAGCGAGAGGCGGAUGGCAGCAGGUGAGGAGGAGCCGUCGUGCCUGAUCGAUUUCUGGAUGCAGGAGAAUCUCCGGUUAGCGGCGGAGAAGCCGUUCGAGUGCAGCCACCGCGAAAUCGGAGGCCACCUCUUCGAUUUCCUCUUCGCCGCGCAGGACGCCUCCACGUCGUCGCUGCUGUGGGCGGUGGCGCUGCUCGAUUCACAUCCGCGAGUCGUCGCGCGAGUGAGGGACGAGGUAUCGCAGCACUGGUCGCCGGAGAGCGGCGCCGUCAUCGGCGGCGAUCAGCUCCGCGAGAUGAAGUACACGGAGGCGGUGGCGCGCGAGGUCGUGAGGAUCAGAGCGCCGGCGACGAUGGUGCCGCAUAUCGCCGGCGUGGACUUCCCGUUGACUGAGAAUUACACUGUGCCGAAGGGCACAAUCGUCUUUCCAUCUGUCUUCGAUUCUUCUUUUCAAGGAUUCACUGAACCGGAGAAGUUCGACCCGGACCGGUUCAUGGAGGACCGGCAGGAGGACCGGGUUUACAAAAAGAACUUUCUAGCCUUCGGGUCCGGGGCCCACCAGUGCGUGGGCCAGAGGUAUGCCAUAAAUCAUCUGAUGCUAUUCAUCGCCAUGUUCACCGCUCUGAUCGAUUUUAAACGAGAUAGAUCCGACGGCUGUGAUGAGAUCACGUACGUUCCGACGAUCGUGCCGAAAGACGAUUGCAGGGUUUUUCUGUCGCCGCGAUACAGCGGAUUCCCGGCGUUGUAGUGACGGAAAUACCCUUAUUCUUUGGAGGAGUGUGGUGUCAGUGUGCUGGAGGGUAUAAUUGUCAGUUUCAAAAAAAAACAAAAGUGUAAAAUUUGUGUUCCUGGUUGGAUUAUUUAUUGGGAGAAAUAAUUUGGUGAUUGGGUGACAAAUAUUCAGGGAAUCAGGGUGUUUGAUUGUUGGGGGCUGUUAUUGUAAUUGGAUUUUUGUUGUCAGCUUUUAAUUUUAUUUAUCAACUUUAUUCAAAGGAAUAUGCAAGUGAAAAAAAUAAAGAUAUUUAUUGUUCUUGGAUUA